UAUGUGUGUACGGUGUAUAGCGAUAUAUGUGUGUGGAGAUGUUACAUCAUAGUUUAUGUACAUAUAUAUACUGAAGAUACAUCUAUUGUGAUACAUUCUUCUAAAGUUCUCGCAUGUGCUGCAUUCUAUCCCUGUUGCGACCUUGCCGAAGAGAUGUAAUCUAUGGUCACGUGAUAAGGAAGGAGGUAUACAUUUGGACUCCCUAUCUUAUAUAGUCAGUGACCCCUUUGGGAACUGGAAUUAGUUUGAUAGAUGUUAAAGAGACUGUGUAAUUUAUCUCCCUACUAGCUGCUAUAGAUUUGGAUCUUUGUGAUUCGUGCUUUGAGUUCUUGGGCUAACAAACCCGAGGAAUGUUUACAAAGUAAACAAAUAAAUGCAGGUAUAUUUUGCUUGGUGCAGUUUACAACAUGGAGGAUAUGUGAGGAUUCAAGCUGCUGAAUGACGUAGAUUAUUAUCUUUCGUCGAUACACACAAGUAUACAUAACAGUGGUUAAGUCUAAAGAAGGCUAUCAGGAGGAGAUAACUUUAUGUGUUAAUUGAAAAAAGCUGCGUGGAUAUUACGUCAUUAAAAUAUCUCCGUUAUAUGACAUAUCCGUUUUUAUUAGUAGCAAAUUCAAAUAGCAGUAUAAAACGUGUUCAGACUAAGUCAUUGCUUUGACGUCAGAUUACUGAUUUCUGGACCUAUACUGCAUCGUACUUUUCCUUCUAUGGUUUAAAGUUGCUAAGUGUGAAAGUAUAGUCCUAAUAUUACACAAUCAAGUUAUUUACUUCCUGGAUUAUCGUUUUAUAACGUCAUCAAUACGUCAUCAUGAGGAGAAGCACAUUUAACGUCAUCGGGAUAUCAUGUACGUCACUGAACGUGCUGCUGACAAUCUUAGCGUUCGCCCCGCCCUAUUGGCUGGUCAGUGCGUAUGGCCGGAUGACCCGGCUAGGACUAUGGGCUCGCUGUAACGAUGUGUUUAACCAUGGAGAAUGUGUAUGGUCAAUGGGCGGUCGAGCGCCUUACCAAGAUUCCCUACCACAAUGGUUCAAGGCCACACAGGGUCUGAUGUCAGUGGGACUGGGCUUGGCUCUCCUGGCGCUCAUCGUGGCCACGCUUGCGCUGUGUUGUCAAUGUCAUGGCUGUAACUAUGCAGGCGUUGUGGCAGGGCUACUCCUCCUGUGUUUCCUGUGCAUCGGAGUGGCAGUGGCGCUAUUUGGGAUCAAAGCGAGCCAGGAUUUCAAUGCUGUAGUGACGUCAGAGGAUCUUGCGUUAGGCCAAGAAUACAAAUAUGCCUGGUCAUUCUGGUUAGCAGCAGGAGCUUCCGGUAUGGCCCUAAUCACCUCCAUUGUAUACGGAUGUGCCGGACUCAGCACGCAGAAUUAAAUAGCAUAACAUGUAAUCACAUACCAUAACGUCGAACAAAAUCGGGAACCCUCGGCAUUUUCCGUAAACAGAAAUGCCAAGGAACGGCAUUGUCAGUAAACAGAAAUGCCAAAUGCCAAGGAACGGUAUUUUCCGUAAACAGAAAUGCCGAUCAGGUAGCAUAAUAUUUUCACAAACCAUACCGUCGUGCACAAUCAGGAACACUUGGAAUUUCCAUAAUACUCCCGUUCACGGAAAAUGGAGGCGGUUCCCAAUAUAAGGUCGACAGAAAGAUUCUACGCGCCUUUUUAAGUUUAUAUGACAUUUUCAACAGAUUAUUGAACGCAAAUAUGAAGAUUUGAAAACAAACCUUGGACACUGAAUGUGAAAAUGCUAUAAUGGAACAAAAUGUUUUCAUAAGCAUGACAGUGUUCGUUUUAUGCUGAUGUUUACGUAACAAUUCAUCCGUACAUUUUGAGGAAGAACGCAAGGUUCAUUAGACAUUAAUUAAGACAUGAACUUUUAUAUAGUUAUGACAUAAACUAAACACGAAUGAAAUAGGAGACAAAUUAGACUUGAACGAUUUACCUAAUAUGUCAUAUUAGACAUACAAAAAUGUAAAUUAGACUUGAAUUUGAUAUCAACUAAGUUUUAAAACUAAACAUGAUUUUGACAUAUUCUAAGAUAGACAAAUAUAUAUUUACUUGACAUAUACUAAAAUAAAAGAAUUAGACAUGAACUUGACAUAUACUAAGAUAGAAAAAUAGAUAUGAACUUGACAUAAACUAAGAUAGACAAUUAGACAUGAACUUGACAUAAACUAAGAUAGGAAAUUAAACAUGAACUUGACAUGAACUAAGGUAGACAAUUAGACAUGAACUUGACAUAAACUAAGAUAGGAAAUUAGACAUGAAUUUGACAUAAACUAAGAUAGGAAAUUAGACAUAAACUUGACAUAAACUAAGAUAGGAAAUUAGACAUGAACGAAACAUGAACUUAGAUAUGAUAUAAAACAUAAAUUAUAUAUGAUUUGAGAAAAUAACUUAGUUGUGAAAUUAUGUAAUUUAAGUAUAACAUGCAAUGAUAAUCAAGAUUGCUGGCUUCAUCAUGUAUUAACUUUUCAAAAGUAUUUCCUUAUUGUAAAAUGUACUAUCUUGACAUGAUCAUUUUGUAUAAUUACAGCUACUCUUUUCAUUUUCAUUUCGAAAUAACUCAUAUAUUUUUUUUAUUUUAUAUUUUCAUUAUUUGGCAAUGACCACAAAGGCAAAUCCGCCUCAAACACUAUGUCAUAAAGCAUGCUAUUGAAAACUCAAUAGGUAAGUGUCAAGUGUCAUACGUUUGUUAGCGGGAAACAAUAGGUUGCUUUCGUUAACUUGUUAGUGGAUAUAUUGAUUGAUAUAGAAAGAACAGGUUGCGCAUGCAAUUAAGGAUGAGUCUCAGCUGAUGUUUCUUAUUUUGAAACAUUAUUGUAUUACCCAUUGUUGGUAUGCAUUAGAAAUGACGUCAAUAGCAUAUUAACAGUAAAUAAUCUUAUUUGAGUUCUAUGACGCUCCGGGGCCGCGAUGGCUGAGUAAUCAAUGCAUGUUACAGUCAGACCUACUUGUUGCACGGUCAAGGUCUACGUCGGGAAAUCUUCAGGUACCUUCGGCAGGUCGGUGGUUUUUCUCUGGGUACUCCGGUGUCCCCAAACAACAAAACCUAGCACGUCCUUGAAUAACCCUAGCCGUUAUUAGGACGUAAACCUUAAACAAACCGAACAAUUACUCUUCAAAAUCCUAUCUCAAUGGGUUACAAGCGUUGCCAGAUCAUGCGAUUUAUUUGUGUUCUCUAGGACCUGUUUGAUACCAGAUUAAGUGGUCACAGGAUUUACAUUUUAUGCUUAACGUGUACAGUUAUCAUGUAGACUCACAGUCAUAAUAAAAAAUGAUUAUUUUUCUCCUUUGUGUAUACCCGAAAAUGCGACAAAGUUUGUUUUGAAGAGAGAUUUUGUUGAGGGUUUCAGAGAUGGUAAACGAUAGUUUCCCUAUUGUUGUAUUUGUUUUUAUCACAUUUUUGCGGUUGAAAACAAACAACUCAUAUUAGCUCAUGUUCGAUAAGUAAAGGCACAGCAGUGGCGAGAAAUACAGAACAGAGAACAACUAUUAUCAUAAAAGUUCGGGAAAUCGAACACGAGAAUUUUGUUUUAAACAUUUACAUGUAGCUCAUUACAAAAUCCUGGUAUUUUCUGAAACGUGCCUUGUAUGUUUAACUUUUGCCUUUUUAAACUUUUUCAUUAAAUUAUUUAAAGGAGGAAAUACAAUAGUGUCCCCCUUUCAUCAAUUAUUCUUUAUUUACUCAUCUAUUUCAUUUCAUCUGAUUUUUUUUUAUAUUCAACGUGUUUCAUUAUACAUUUUUUUUUUUUUUUAUCAAACCAUGACUUUUUAAAGUACUUCUAUUUUUUUAAACUAUCUUUUAACAAUCUGCUUUAUAUUGAGCUAAUUUGUAAUUUAAUGGAAGGCGUUAACACUUUGAUUAUUCGUGCUAGUGUCUUCCGUUCACGAUACACUAUAUAUACACUGUAUAAAACACCAACAAAUAUUAUUUAGUCUACUAGAACAACUUUAGGGUUGAAAUAUUGUAAAAUAAUUCUUAUAUUGUAAUCUGAUUGUGGUAAAUGUCUGUUGUGGAAAUGAUCGCGUUGUGGAAAUGAUCGCGGAAAUGAUCGCGUUGUGGAAAUGAUCGCGGAAAUGAUCGCGUUGUGGAAAUGAUCGCGUUGUGAUAAUGAUCGCGUUGUGGAAAUGUUCGCAUUGGUAAUGAUUUUGAAAUCUUUAUAUUCUUAUAUAUCUUUCAUCUAUAAAGUAUAUAAAUGAAUAUUCGCAUGUUGAUAUUUUCGAUUGAUUUACUCAAUGCGAAAAAAUGCGAGCAUUUAUUUCCCACCGCGAAAAUUUCUGUGUUUACAGAUUUCCUACGCAAAGGAUUGAAGUAGUGUGUGUAAAGAUGGAACUACUCAACGACAACUUGAUAUGGGUAGUUAUAAAAUGUUUUUAGGUUAAAAAAAGAAGUUACAUAAACUAAUGUACCUAGUCAUGGAGCUACAGAAAAUUAUGCAAUGAUGAAAAACAAUUUUCACCUUCUGAUGUUUUCAAUUUUCGUUAGGAGUUACUCUUCAAUGUAUUUCUGUACAGUGUUUAAUGAAAACCAAUGGGUUUGCUCAAGUCUCAUCUUCGAUACUCCAGGGGUUAUGCUCACUGAUGCUCCCUGAACCCCUAGGAUAUGACAUAUUCCAUGGGUGCAGAGAGCGAAAGUUAACGUAACCCCUGGGGUAUCGAGGACCCUCCAGUAAGAGUGUUAAACUGGGAGUUGGAUGUUAACAGUAUUAUUUUUAUAUUUACACAGAAUUUUGGUAUCAUAAAUUCAUACGUAUCACGAAUUCGAUAAAUUGUUAAGUUAAGAAAGCUAUGUUAUAUAUCAGACUUACUGCCUGUAGCUGUAAGCCUGUACGUUGCCACGGGGAAUGUAUAAAUUUAACUAACAUUUUUGAAAUUAGUACUAGGUUUUGUUUACGAUCAAUUAUAUACGAUUUAUUCUUAGCUUGGGUAUGAAUUUGAGAGGCAGGGUCUUCGGAUUUUUUUUAUGUGAGUUGAAAUAUUAAACAUAUACUGCAAUUCGGAAAG